AUGAAGUUCAAUACCACUAUCGUCCUCCUCGGGGCUGCGACAAUCUCAACUGCCGCUAGCAUCCCCACCUCCAAUGACACUGUCCUCGAGAAAAGGGAAGAGUCUCAUUCUUCUCCUGGGUGCAGCGCCGAAGGAUUCGCGUGGUCAUCCUGCUCAGAGACCGACAAGCCCGUCUGGUCGGAAGUCUGGAACGGAAAAAUGGAAAAAUGGGAUUGGGACCCAAACAACGAAUCCAACAGUCUGUGGUGCUGGCUCACGAAAGAUGGAUGGCACCGGCAGAAGUGCAACAAUGAUGGUACCCCUCCAUCGCUGGGAGAGGAUUUGAGCAAAUCGGAUUAUUCUUGUCUUACUAAGGCCGACACGGCGAAGAAGGGUGUGGCUCCUGAUAGGGUUUUUCUGGGAGGCUGUACUCGGUGA